AUGACAGAGAUUGCUCAAGUUAGGUUUCUACCACCCAAGGUUUCUGCCACCCAAGGUUUCUGCCACCCAAGGUUUCUGCCACCCAAGGUUUCUACCACCCAAGGUUUCUGCCACCCAAGGUUUCUGCCACCCAAGGUUUCUGCCACCCAAGGUUUCUGCCACCCAAGGUUUCUGCCACCCAAGGUUUCUACCACCCAAGGUUUCUGCCACCCAAGGUUUCUGCCACCCAUGGUUUCUGCCACCCAUGGUUUCUGCCACCCAUGGUUUCUGCCACCCAAGGUUUCUACCACCCAAGGUUUCUACCACCCAAGGUUUCUGCCACCCAAGGUUUCUACCACCCAAGGUUUCUGCCACCCAAGGUUUCUGCCACCCAUGGUUUCUGCCACCCAAGGUUUCUACCACCCAAGGUUUCUACCACCCAAGGUUUCUGCCACCCAAGGUUUCUGCCUGCCACCCAUGGUUUCUGCCACCCAUGGUUUCUGCCACCCAUGGUUUCUGCCACCCAUGGUUUCUACCACCCAAGCCUACCCAUGGUUUCUACCACCCAAGGUUUCUACCACCCAAGGUUUCUACCACCCAAGGUUUCUGCCACCCAUGGUUUCUGCCACCCAUGGUUUCUACCACCCAAGGUUUCUACCACCACCCAGGUUUCUGCCACCCAUGGUUUCUGCCACCCAUGGUUUCUGCCACCCAUGGUUUCUACCACCCAAGGUUUCUACCACCCAAGGUUUCUACCACCCAAGGUUUCUGCCACCCAUGGUUUCUGCCACCCAUGGUUUCUACCACCCAAGGUUUCUACCACCCAAGGUUUCUGCCACCCAAGGUUUCUGCCACCCAUGGUUUCUGCCACCCAUGGUUUCUACCACCCAAGGUUUCUACCACCCAAGGUUUCUACCACCCAAGGUUUCUGCCACCCAAGGUUUCUGCCACCCAUGGUUUCUGCCACCCAUGGUUUCUGCCACCCAUGGUUUCUGCCACCCAAGGUUUCUACCACCCAAGGUUUCUGCCACCCAAGGUUUCUGCCACCCAAGGUUUCUGCCACCCAUGGUUUCUGCCACCCAAGGUUUCUGCCACCCAAGGUUUCUGCCACCCAAGGUUUCUACCACCCAAGGUUUCUACCACCCAAGGUAUCUACCACCCAAGGUUUCUACCACCCAAGGUAUCUACCACCCAAGGUUUCUACCACCCAAGGUUUCUACCACCCAAGGUUUCUACCACCCAAGGUAUCUACCACCUAAGGUUUCUGCCACCCAAGGUUUCUACCACCCAAGGUAUCUACCACCCAAGGUAUCUACCACCCAAGGUUUCUACCACCCAAGGUUUCUACCACCCAAGGUUUCUACCACCCAAGGUUUCUACCACCCAAGGUAUCUACCACCCAAGGUUUCUACCACCCAAGGUUUCUACCACCCAAGGUUUCUACCACCCAAGGUUUCUACCACCCAAGGUAUCUACCACCCAAGGUUUCUACCACCCAAGGUUUCUACCACCCAAGGUUUCUACCACCCAAGGUUUCUACCACCCAAGGUUUCUACCACCCAAGGUUUCUACCACCCAAGGUUUCUACCACCCAAGGUUUCUACCACCCAAGAACGACAGGAACGUCUCACAGAACGACAGGAACGUCUGACAGAACGACUUGAACAUCUCACAGAACGACAGGAACGUCUCACAGAACGACAGGAACAUCUCACAGAACGACAGGAACGUCUCACAGAACGACACGAACAUCUCACAGAACGACAGGAACGUCUAACAGAACGACAGGAACAUCUCACAGAACGACAGGAACGUCUCACAGAACGACAGGAACGUCUCACAGAACGACAGGACCGUCUCACAGAACGACAGGAACGUCUUCAGACGACUCUAACAUCUCACAAGAACGACAGGAACAUCUCACAGAACGACAGGAACUUCUCACAGAACGACAGGAACGUCUCACAGAACGACAGGAACGUCUCACAGAACGACAGGACCGUCUCACAGAACGACAGGAACGUCUUCAGAACGACUCUAACAUCUCACAGAACGACAUGGACGUCUCACAGAACGACAGGGACGUCUCACAGAACGACAGGAACGUCUUCAGAACGACAGGAGCAUCUCACAGAACGACACGAACAUCUCACAGAACGACAGGGACGUCUCACAGAACGACAGAAACGUCUAACAGAACGACACGAACGUCUAACAGAACGACAGGAACGUCUAACAGAACGACACGAACGUCUAACAGAACGACAGGAACGUCUAACAGAACGACACGAACGUCUAACAGAACGACAGGAACGUCUAACAGAACGACACGAACGUCUAACAGAACGACACGAACAUCUCACAGAACAGGGACGUCUCACAGAACGACAGGAACGUCUAACAGAACGACAGGAACAUCUCACAGAACGACAGGACGUCUCACAGAACGACACGAACGUCUAA